CGAUUUCCGAGAUAUUUCAGGAUGCUGUGCGCAAAGUUGUAGUUGUGAUAUGUUAAUAGUGUUUAAUUGUAAUUGAUUUUGAAACAGCUCACAUCGUAUAAAUCCAUUUGAAAUUGCAGGCGACACAUUGUUCUACGGCUUUUGCUUUGGUAUUAAACAUCAUGGAACAGGAUCUGAAGACCAGGAUUGACCAGGCAUGUCACACUGCUGAGGAGUUCACCAAGCUGUAUUAUGAGAGUGUGGACAAGAGACGCCACCUGAUGUCAAGAUACUAUUUGGACUCAGGGGUCCUUGUAUGGAAUGGAAAUGGAACUGUUGGCAAGGACUUGAUACAGAAGUUUUUUGAAGGCUUACCACCAUCAGAGCACACACUAACAUCUCUGGAUUCUCAGCCUGUUCUUGAUGCAGCUGUGGCCAAUCAGCUGACAUUUCUGAUUCUUGUGUGUGGAUUUGUAAAAUAUCAAGAGAGGGUUUCAGGGCCAUUCCAGCAGAAUUUUAUGAUCACGGCUCAGGGAGACAAAUGGAAGAUCGUGAGCGACUGCUUCCGCCUGCAAGAACCUGUGACGUUGUGACUGGAAUGCUGUAUACAUUUAUGAUGAAAUAUUUAUAAAGCUGUUAAUAAAUUUUACAAACCACUGACAAUUCUUGUGGCAUGCAAGCUGAAUACAAAUGCUACCAUGUACAAAAAUACAGACUACUCAAGAAACAUUUUAUUGAUUAAAAAAAAUACAGUCAUAAAAAUUUAA